AGGAGCGGAGGGAGGAUGAAGCUGAUUUCUAAGCAGAGAGAUGAGGUUCCCGACCUGCAGCUCCUUAUGGCGGUGUAUGAUGAGAACAUCCUGAAGAACCCGUUCUACCUGGCGCUGGAGAAGCAGAGACCGGACCUCUGCAGCCGAGUGGCCGAGCUGCACGGCAUCGUUCUGGUGCCGUGUGUUGGAAGUUUGACCGUCAGCAGCUUCUCGGACUCUCAGUUCGACAGCUAUGUGCUGCAGCCGGCGGAGGACGGAUACCUCACUGCGGACGGGAAGGAGGUCCGGAUCCAGGACAGGCGGGUCCUGCUGGGCUCCGGCUCCCCAGCCUCGGUGCCCAUCCUGUUCGAGGAGACGUUCUACAACCAGCAGGAGCAGAGCUACAGCAUCCUGGUCCUCUCCCGGCCCGUGGAGGUGGAACCCGGCCCGGUCGAGCUCAGCCCGCCGCCCCCCUUCUGCCUGCGGAGCCUGCAGGACGUCCGGGAGUUCCUGGGCCGCCACGCGCUGAAACUGGACAAACUCAUCCAGAACUUCUGCCAGAACUUCAGAGAGCAGGAGAGGAGGGGGCUGCGGCACCACAUCGACUCGGUGAACGGUCUUUACACUAAAUGUCUUCAGUGUCUGCUGAGAGACUCUCGCCUGAGACUCCUGGCCAAGCAGGAGCUUCAGAUGACUCUGCUAAAACAGGCUGUGGAGAUGUAUGUUCAUCAUGGUAUCCAUGAUUUAAUUUUCAACUUUGUGGGAACGAUUGAAGCCAGCCAGGACGCUGCCUUCAAUAAAACCACGCGCAGUCUGCAGGAUCUGCAGCAGAAAGAGCUGGGGGUCAAACCGGAGUUCAGUAUAAACUUGUCCCGGGCGAAGAGAGAGCUGAGUCAGCUGAACCUGCAGACCUCCCCCCUCCUCAAACUGAUGUGUCUGCGCAGAGUCGCCCUGACCGCCACCCAGAGCCCCCGAGCAUCCGUGAGCAUCGAGGCUGUGUGUGCAGACGACCUUCUGUCCGUCAUCCUCUAUCUGCUGGUGAAGACGGAAAUCCCCAACUGGAUGGCCAACCUGAGCUACAUCAAGAACUUCUGCUUCAGCCACUCGAGUAAAGACGAGCUGAGCUACUGUCUGAGCACCUUCGAGGCUGCUGUCCAGUUCAUCAACCUGGGGAAGCUGCAGGACACACACACCGGCUCCGGUGCUCUGAAUAACAAGGCGUUGUUCAAAGAGAGGAUGAGUCUGCUGUCACAGAGCGCCGCCACGCCCAUCCACUGUCUGUUCGAGCACAUAGCUAAUGGAGACGAGGCGGAGGUGCAGCGUCUGCUGAGUGAAGGAGAAAACAACGAGGACGUUAGUAUGUGUCACCCCCUCUGCUCCUGUGACCUCUGUGACUUCCAGGUGUCCGGGCGGUUGAACGACUCGUCCAUCGUCACGCCGUUCUCCAGGGACGACCGAGGUUACACUCCGCUGCACGUCGCCGCCAUCUACGGUCAGGCCCAGCUGAUCGACCUGCUGGUGUGUAAAGGAGCACUGGUGAAUGCCACGGACUACCACGCCCUCGCUCCACUGCACCUGGCCUGCCAACGGGGGUACCAAGGAGUCACGCUGCUGCUGCUGCACUAUAAAGCCAACACUGACGCUCAGGACAACAACGGGAACACACCGCUGCACCUCGCCUGUAUGUACGGCCACGAAGACUGUGUGAAGGCGUUGGUUUACUACGACGUGCAGAUGUGCCGCCUGGACCUGCAGAACGAUAAAGGCGACACAGCGCUGCACAUCGCGGCGCGUUGGGGCUACGAGGGGAUCAUCGUGGUGCUGCUGGAGAACGGAGCGAACACCGACGUCUACAACAAGAGCCGAGAAACCCCGCUGCACGUCGCCCUCAACCCCAAGAUCCUGGUGUUGCUGCAGUCAACUCAGCGCAGCAGCAGUGGAGUCGAUUCUCCCAGUCGCUCCCCUCUGGCUUCAGACUGCAGCAGCCGGCGAUCCUCCGUCUCCAGUGAAUCCUCCCUGAACUCCGAGGCCAAACCGGAGGGAGAGCGGAUUCGACACCGAGAGGUGGAGAAGCUGCUGCGCGCUGUAGCUGACGGCGAUGUGGAGAUGGUGCGUUACUUGUUGGAGUGGAUUGAUGACGAAGAGGAUGACGAAGAGCUUCGGACCGAGGUUCUGCUCUGCCACCCGCUGUGUCAGUGUCCAAACUGCGCUCCCACUCAGAAGCUCUCGGUGCAGCAGGCCGGCUCUCUGGGGGUGAACAGCUGUAACGUGGACGGCUUCACGCCGCUGCACGUGGCCGCGCUGCAGGGACACACGCCGCUGCUCGCUCUGCUGAUCCGCCACGGAGCCAACGUCAACGCCCGCAACAACCACAGCGCCACGCCGCUGCACCUGGCCGCCCAGAACAGCCACGUCCAGGUGAUGAGGUCCCUGCUCGAGUGUAACGCCAAACUGAACAAAAAGGAUCACUAUGGAAACACGCCGCUCAUACAGGCCUGUCUGUGCGGGAGCCUGGAGACGGCCAGCACCUUGUUACAGAGUGACGCGCUAGUGAACGUGGUGAACCUGCAGGGGAACACGGCGCUGCACGAGGCGGUGCGAGGGGGUCACCAGGAGCUGGUGGAGCAGCUGUUGAGGGGGGGGGCAGCGCCCGGCCUCAGGAACAAGAGGCAGAGGACGCCACUGGACUGCGCCUACGAGCUGGGCGGCAAGAACACGGAGAUCCUGAGAGCUCUGCAGAAAGCGUCCGGACUUUCUCCCGACGCCGAGCCAAUCAAACUCCUCUCCGUGCCCAAAGGCGCUCUGGCUCAUUCUUUUGUGCAGCGUCUGCGGCUGCAGGAUCACGCCAACGGCCGGAGACAGAAACUGGCUCAGUCCAUCAGCAGGAUUAAUCACAUGAAGAAAGGAUCGUCCAGGGGUUCCCCAAACCUCAGCCAGGGGAGUCCGGAGAGGAGCAGGCUGAGGAGGGGGGAGACGCUGGAGGUCAGCAGCCCCUCGGCGAGCCUCGAAGGCGGGGCCCGGCAGAGGGAGCGGCCCCUGGGUCGCUGGCACACCCUGGACUCAGGAGGCCCGACAGAGGACCACACACACAUUGAACACACUCCACGGGAGAGACACCAGACGGACGACACACACGCUGUGAACGCAGCUGAACACACUCCACGGGAGAGACACCAGACGGACGACACACACGCUGUGAACGCAGCUGAACACACUGCACGGGAGAUACACCAGACGGAUGACACACACGCUGUGAACGCAGCUGAACACACUCCACGGGAGAUACACCAGACGGACGACACACACGCUGUGAACGCAGCUGAACACACUGCACAGGAGAGACACCAGACGGACGACACACACGCUGUGAACGCAGCUGAACACACUGCACAGGAGAUACACCAGACGGACGACACACACGCUGUGAACGCAGCUGAACACACUCCACGGGAGAGACACCAGACGGACGACACACACGCUGUGAACGCAGCUGAACACACUGCACAGGAGAUACACCAGACGGACGACACACACGCUGUGAACGCAGCUGAACACACUGCACAGGAGAUACACCAGACGGACGACACACACGCUGUGAACGCAGCUGAACACACUGCACAGGAGAUACACCAGACGGACGACACACACGCUGUGAACGCAGCUGAACACACUGCACAGGAGAUACACCAGACGGACGACACACACGCUGUGAACGCAGCUGAACACACUCCACGGGAGAGACACCAGACGGACGACACACACGCUCUGAACGCAGCUGAACACACUCCACGGGAGAGACACCAGACGGACGACACACACGCUGACGACACUGAUGUCUGCAGCAUUAGCAGUGAGAAUUCUGCUGAAAACCCUCCAACACACACUUCCUCUACACACACCUCAUCUGAACUUCCUCCUACACACACCUCCUCUGAACUUCCUCCUACACACACUCCUCCUGAAUUUCCUCUUACCCACAACUCGUGUUCAGAACCUUCUACACACACCUUAUUUGAAAACCCUCCUUCACAUACUCCAUCUACACACACCUCUUCUGAAUCAUCUCCUUCACACACCUCAUCUGAACCUCCUCCUACACACACCUCAUCUGAACCUCCUCCUACACACACCUCAUCGGAACCUCCUCCUACACACACUUCAUCUACACACACUCCUUCUGAAUCUCCUCUAACACACAACUCGUCUACAGACCCUCCUAAACACACUUCAUCUACACACACUCCUUCUGAAUCUCCUCUAACACUUCUAAACGGACAGUUGGAGUCAUGUGAUGAACAAGGAAACGAGGGCGGGGCCUCCUCUUGCGCCUGUCCCCCCGACCUCCCCCCCUCGAUCCAGAGUGAUGGGGGUGAUGAGGGAGAGUCAGGUCGUGAAGGUUGUGAAUGACCAGGAGGAGGAACAGUCGUUUGGUUUCCCUUUCCCUCGGAUGUAGGACUGCAGGAGGCGAGUGGGGAAAUAAAUAUUGUGGAGAUGAACUUUUCUCUCCUGUCUUUAUGAUUUAAAAACAGGUGGAAGAAAAAGGUUUGCCAGGAUUAACUUUGAGUUAUAUUGUGAAUGAUAUAAUUAUGAGUUAAAUAUACUACUAUUAUAAAACCUAUUAUUUAGAGAAAAUCCAUAGCAAUAUUACUGCUGUAUUUAAUCAUUUUAAAGCAUUCUUUUGAAAUCAUUUCUGUUGUAAUAUGCACUUUGGCCACAAGAGGCACCCAUUCUGCAUAAUGCUAACAGCAGAUCAAUGCAGAUUAAAUUACAUUUCUAACCAAAACAAAGACAGGACAGUAAUACCUAUUAUAUGCACCUUUUGUUUACAGUGCAUGGAGACACUAAAACUCACCUGGAAAAAUAUAAAUAAAUCCUUUAAAUAGUCAUAAAUGUUGGGUAGUAAUGCACUUUUCAUCCUCUUGAGGCCGAGAGUCGGUGUUACAACAACAAACACCUAAAAAAAAUCAAAACGAUGAAUCAGCUGCCAAGACGUGUUUUUACCUGGUUUUCAAAACAUUUUAAGAUGAGUGAUCUUGGCAAGAGAGAUUUUCCUGGCAAAAAACUAUAUUUUAAACCCUUUAAAUCAGACAUGAGAGAAUAAGUUCGAUCAGACUUAGAAAAUGAUAUCCACCCUCUGGUCACACAGACGCCACCAACUUAAAGCCCGCAGUUAGAGAUCGGAUAGGAAAGCUGCCUCGUAUAUUUGCUGUAACUCUGGUAGUAACCUUUGAUGCUAAUAACUGUAAUUUAACCAGUUUGUUUAACAUUUCAGAUGAAUGAUCCUGCUGUUUCUGUUUCUGCAGAAAAAUAAUGAGACACCGUUGGUUUUAUCAACCAGUCGGGAGAAACUCUCCACUCCUCUUCCUCUCCUGAGAAGCACUGUCUUCCUCCAGCCUUCACAUGAUAAGAUAAAGGGAUGCAAACAGACAUUCAAUCAUGUUGUUUGCUUUAGUCUUCAGCCUUUAGCCUGUAGCUCCGUCAGAGAGACAUGUAGUUUACUUGAAUUUUUCAGUGUUCAAAUAUUGAUUUAAAGUUUGGUUUUGCUCUUUAUGUCUUCACCGUUUAACAUCCUACUACUCCACUUGUUUUUAUUUAGGAUUAUUUAAUGCUAUUUAUGACCCCUGGUGAUGUGUCGUGUGUUCAGAGAGGUUCAUCUUUUUCCUGAAUGUCACAAAUGUGUGUUUUCUCCUCAGAUAUAGAUCAGGUUAAAGGAUCACACUGCUGGUUUCUAAUAUCCAAUUAAACCUUAUAUUUUGCAUCACUGCUACUAAGUAUUGAUUACAUCAUACGGAAAUAUGUUAGGUUAAUUCCUUUUGUUAGAAUAAAGAUCGUACUUGGAAAAUCUUGAGUAUUUGGGAAAUGCUGCAGAUAGAUGUUGUUUCUUUAGAGCAUUUUUGAUAUUAAAUACAUUCAUUUAUUUCACCAGAAACCUGCUUUUUAGGAUUAAAAGGAAUCUCGUUAGAAGUCGUUUCCAGCAUUAAAAAGGGAAUAAAGGCUACCAAACAGAUAAUGGAUGAAGAUUUAUUGGGUCAAAUGGGUAUUUAAAGAAGAAUAAAUAAAAAAUCUGAUUUGUUUUGGAGCAGGCAGUGAUUUUAAUAAAAGAGGGAAACAUCUUUUAGGAUUUAGAAAUUGGUCCACAGCGAUGGAAAACAAAUCACGAGCAAAACCCUUCAGUGUGGUCCUUCAACAUUAGAGGACAUUCAGUGAAUUAAAACCUAAUGAAGCGUCUGUAGAAACGGCUCAUGUUCAGCUCUGACUUCAUGUACUCGUGCAUGUUUCAGUGAGGGUGACGCUUCAGACUCCAUGUGUUUCGUCCCUUCGUCUCCACCCUCCAUGGUUCGUGUCUUUGUGAUGCACUUUGAGUUGAAUGGAUGUCAAAGCUGCGACACAGCCAAAGCCAAGUCUUAAUUAUUUUUGUACCAAUGGUUUUAUUCUGAAGGUUUUGGAUGUUUUAAAAUGAUGUGAAUGUGCCUUAUUUAAUUCACACCUUUUAAUAAUACAUAUAAUAAAUCAUUGAGACUA